AUGCCUGCGUUAGUGUUUUUAGGAAGAGCAUGGGCAUUCGCCUCAGACGAUUUUGUUUGCACGGGUUUGAGUAAUUUUUUACUGCGAUUGUCCUGUGUUUGUAUCAUGGCUGUGCCGCUUCUUCUUGCAAAAAAUAUCUCCGCUUGUUUUUCUGGCAUUGCAUCUAGGGUAUUUUGCAUAGCCAUGUUUGUUGUAAUGGCUGUUUUGCUGAUUCUCGACGCCUUACUUUCAAUGUUCAGCAGCAAAGGAGGUGUUAUGGAUACAAAUUUACGCAGAAAUGUUUCCCAUGUACUUGGCACAGUCUGUCUGUUUUCUUUGGUGUUACUGGUGCUGAAUUGUGUCAAUUUGUAUUUUGCUUACAAUGCAUAUAACCUUUGCGAAAUACAGAUUAUUGACUGCUAUGUAGCGGGGAACGCUAUUUCAGUAGCCCAUGUUAUCGGCUUUAUUCUGUUCUUACUACUACAUUAUCGUGAAGCUGGGGCUUUCUGGGGCCAGUUGGCAAACGAUCCCAAUGUAUUUAAACAAGGUUGCUUGCAUCCUGAUGUUAAUCUUUCCACGAAGCAGUCAGUAAUGCUCAAUAAGAGAAAAUCUUUUCAACGCAACUUGAGGAUUUUAGGAGUUUUCCGUCGUUCACCUCGUUUUAAAACUGAUCAAACAUUAGUACAAACUGAAGAAAGGGUAAUAACCUCUGCUGCUGCACUAUUUUCAGAAAUUUUUUACGAUGUAGACUUAGUUGCAAGCGACAUAGUUGCGGGUCUCAUCCUUCUACGUUGGCAGACCAAACAAUGGGUUGGAUGUGGUCACCGUAUCCCUUUGAGCCUCAUACACCAGGAUACUUCUCCUUCAGAUCUAAACCUGUAUACUGUGCGAAAAGAUGACCAAACUCCAGAUAUGUGGUUGGAUAUCCACAGAAUUUACCGAGUGGCAGAAUUUGUAACCGCUAUCUACGGGAAGUUGUUAUACUACAGUAUGAAUCUUGGCAUUCCUGGUUCCACUUGUCGGUUGUAUCGUCACCUUCCUUGUUGCAUAAAUUCUUGUAAUCGUCCUUCACCAGAACAAAGUCAGCUUAGUUGUUGUAUCUGCUCAGGGCAUACCUGUGAUUUAGCAGCAAUACUUGAAUUCACUUCACUCAGAGAAGAUCAGUUUGUUAAGCUUUCAUAUGAAAAUUCAGUUCAUCAAACCCCUUACUUUGUAGCAAUCGAUGACUGCAGUCAGUGUAUCGUUAUUUCCGUCCGUGGUACAUUAUCCUUUGAAGAUACUAUUGUUGACUUAUUGUACGAUGGAGUACGUUUAGAUGAGGUUGAAAAAUUUAUUGAAUUGAAAACCGGCACAAGACCAUGCUUUAUUGGACAUCGUGGUAUGGUUGAAAGAUCAAGAUAUUUAUACAAUUGUCUGUUAACCGAUCGUACAAUUGAUAUAGCAUUGAACAGAAAACCAAAUUAUAAAUUAGUUGUAUGCGGUCAUAGCCUAGGUGCUGGUAUUGCAUCUUUUCUAUCUGUCUUUCUGCGUUGUACAUAUCCUGAUGUGAAAGGUUACGCUUUCAGUGCACCUUUAGGAAUGAUGAACCAAGAAUUAGCAGACUAUUGCAAACCAUUUCUACUGUCCAUUAUUUAUGGAUACGAUAUUUUCGCACGUAUGAAUCGAUCGACAAUGUCUGAUUUCAAAUGGCGUUUAUUGGAUGCCUUAUCAGCUUGUAAAGUACCUAAGCAUCGUCUGUUAAGUCGUGGAUUGUUUGUAUGCUUACGACGUUAUCUAUUCAAAUGGUGUUUUCCGGAUUGUUUUCCAAGGGAGUCUGUAACAACUGUUGGUAGUGAUACUCUUCUGCUAGAUACAACGACACAGGAACGCUUGAUUCAAUCGAUUCCACAACUUGCACACGAUGAUAAUGAAAUGCGUGUUUGUCUUUCAUCUCAGGAGAAUUCUUCAAAUUCAGCUAGUGCAAGUACCUAUCGAUCUGUGCAGUCUAACCGAUUUCGUCCUGGUCCACGUUCACUUCUCUGUUGGAUCAAUCCUGAUAGUGUACUUCCACAGCCACAGACUAAUAUACAGUCUACAGAGUCCACUUCACAGGUACAAUCUUCAAAUGACAAAGCUGACCUUUCCACUACUGAUGAACUUCACUCGUGCCAGUCAUACGAUCUCUCAGAUGGUGUAUUCGGUGGUUUAGUUCUCCAUCUAGUCGAUGUUGAUCUUGAUCAAAGUGAUGAUGAUGACAGUUCCACUAGUCCUAUGAUGAAUGAAAAUAGUUUCAAAGAAGAUGUAAAAGACGGCAGGAAAAUUCAUAAUUCUGGUCUAGAACGACUCUUAUCAGCAAAGUCUAGUAGAAAAAAUUCAUGUUGUAAAAGUCAUCGUGAAACUAGAAGAACAAUCUCAGCUGUCUGGUCUAAUCCACAACAGUUUAAAACGAUUCUAGUUCACCCACAAAUGCUGAUACACCAUUUACCUGAUCGAAUGUUAAAAGCUGUUGAAUGUCUCCGUCGAACGGUACUCCUUGUGUCAACUGACUCUUCAGAAAAUAGUGGCAUGAAUGGUUUGAAGACGUGUGAUUUUAUACGGAAAUUGAAUAAUGUAUCAUGA